UCAACACGGCCCAGACAAAUUUCUCUAAUUUUCAGAAGACAUGCUUUCUUUCCUAAAAAGCUUCAUUAUUCCGUCGAGCCUGCGGGGACGCGCACCUGCGUAUAUGGGGACAUUUAACGCAUCUCAUUUUACAUCUCGCGAACUCCACUAAAAAAGAGGUUCAACUCCUCCCUUCAGAGUUUCAACGCGGUCCCGAUAGAGGAUGGUGCUGCUGCUGCUGCUGCUGCUGGUGUUGAAUGCGAGCCGCUCGGCCCUGGCUGCAGUUUGAAGACGAGCUGGAGGAGGUGGUGGGGAGCAGAGGAGAGGAGAGGAGAGAAACACCCUAUAGGUGUGCGCGCGUAUGUGUGUGAACGAGAAGGAGAAGAAGAAGAGGGGAGGGGAAAAAAAGCUGAGUGCGCUGAGCGUGAGCCCGGGAGCGCAUUAUCUGGGCGCUCGGUGUGCCACGGAGAGACGCGACCAGAUGACAAGAUGCGGAUCACCUCAGCAGCCGAGACUAACUGGUGGGAUUCAUGUCCCCCGCAGCUGAGUGGCUGAAACCUAUUCGUAGGAUGAAAAUAGGAGGAUCUCACACCGGCAGGUCAAAGUUUUUUGUCUCUGUAGUUGGAUUUUUAAAAAAAAAUUUUUGUUUGUUUGUUUCCCUGACGCCCGUGAUGGAGCGCCACUUGGGAGAGAGAGGAUGAUGGACACUUUGGCACCUGCAGCACUCGUCCAGAAAAUCCCUCCGUCUCCACAACAAGACGCGCGCUGCUGACCGAGCCCUCAGGACGGCGAUCGCUCAUUUGUUUUGAAGUGGAAAGAGGGGCAAAAAAAGAAGAAAGAGAGAGAUUGGUUAAAAAAAAAAAAAAAAAAAAAAAAAAAAAAAGAGAGGUGUGAGCUGGGGGAUGUUGCGCGCAGCGAUUCUUCGGAGACCCGACGUGCGCACUCAUCAUAUUCCCGCCGAGGAGCGCACCUUAAAGAGAAGAGCUCCGGUCCGCCUUCACUGCUCACUUCCGCCGCUCGGAACUUGUUGAGCGGCUCUACAGAAGGGACGUAAACUCCGGGGGGGGGGACUCGAGAAAUCGCCAGAUCAUCGCACGGGGACGCGGACUAUGACUGACAGCCAGGGGAGCUGAGGAGACCUGCCACUCAUUUUGCUAUCAGCGUGUCAGAGGGGCUCAUCUAGACCCCUUCUUCCUCCUCGGUCUUCUCUUCUUAUCUUCUGUAACCUCAAAGUCCUGGGCCGCUCUGGAAACUUGAAAAAACACUUCUAAGUCAAGCAUUGCUCCCACCCCAAAGGGAGUUUGACAUGCCUCCUCAUUCUGUUUAAGUCAUCAGAAAAAGAGGACUAUAACCCAGUAUCCCCCUCCGGUUGGUACAUCUUUAGAAGGAGGCGCCGCUCCAUCGGAAGGAGCUGAGAGAGGACCAGUCAUGAGGUUCCAGUUUGCACUGACCCUCCAGGCGAUAUGGACUGGCAUGUGCCACGCAGCCAUGCAGCACUACCCUGCAGCGUGGGGACACUACGACGUCUGCAAGUCCCAGGUGUACUCGGACGAAGGUUUAACCUGGGACUACAUGGCUUGCCAACCCGAGGCAGCAGACAUGACCCAGUUCCUGAAGGUUUCUCUGGAUCCCCCCAACAUCACCUGCGGAGACCCUCCGGAGCCGUACUGCGCCCUGGAGAACCCUUACAUGUGUAACAACGAAUGCGACGCCGGCACCGAGGAGCUGGCGCACCCUCCACAGCUGAUGUUUGACAUCGAGGGCCGCAACCCCACAACCUUCUGGCAGUCCACGACGUGGAAGAAGUACCCGAAAGCCCUUUUGGUCAACAUCACGUUGUCUUGGAACAAAACCAUCGAGCUGACCGACGACAUCGUCAUCACGUUUGAGUCGGGCCGGCCAGAGCAGAUGGUCCUGGAGAAAUCUCUGGACUACGGCCGAACCUGGCAACCCUACCAGUUUUACGCCACCGACUGCCUGGACGCCUUCACCAUGGAGCCCAAAACAGUGCAGGACCUCUCCCAGCACACCCUGCUGGACAUCAUCUGCACGGAGGAUUACUCCCGAGGGUACGUGUGGAAGUAUGACAAAACUGUACGCUUCGAGAUCAAGGACCGGUUUGCACUGUUUGCCGGGCCCAGACUGCACAACAUGGCCUCGCUUUACGGUCAGCUGGACACGACCAAGAACCUGCGGGAUUUCUUCACCAUCACAGACCUGAGGAUCCGGCUGCUUCGGCCUGCCACUGGGGCCACCGUGGUGGACGAGAGCAGCCUGUCAAGAUACUUCUACGCCAUUUCUGACAUCAAAGUCCAGGGCAGGUGCAAAUGCAACCUUCACGCCAACAGCUGCGUGUUUGACAAAGAGAAGUUGAGCUGCGAGUGCGAGCACAACACCACCGGGCCUGACUGCGGGCGCUGCAAGAGGAGCUACCAAGGGCGAGCGUGGAGUGCUGGCUCCUACCUGCCCAUUCCCAAGGGCACGGCUAAUAUCUGUGUUCCUAAUAACAUUGGUCCAGUUAACUGCGAAUGCUUCGGCCACUCCAACCGAUGUAGCUACCUCGAGGUGCUAAACACCGUCAUUUGCGUGAGCUGCAAGCACAACACUAGGGGCCAGCACUGCCAGCUGUGCAAGCUGGGCUACUACCGCAAUGCCUCAGCAGAACUGGACGAUGAAAAUGUGUGCAUAGAGUGUAAUUGUAAUCCCUCUGGCUCAGUCAGUGAUCACUGUAAUGGCACAGGAUAUUGUACAUGUAAGGAGGGCACUACGGGCCCCAAGUGUCAGGAGUGCCUACCUGGCUAUUUGUGGGAAAAUGGCUGCAAAUCCCGGGUGUGUGACAACGAACUCCUGCGCUGCCAAAACGGCGGGGAGUGUGUGAGCAACCGCUGCAGCUGUCCCGCCUCCCACACGGGCCUGCUGUGCGAGAAGCCCCGCUGCGAGUCCGAGCUGGGCGGCUGCAAGGGGCCCGAGUCGGGCCAGGCGUCCCUGAGGCCCCCUUCGCUCUGCAGCGUGCUGAUGCUGCUGCUGGCCGGCGCGGCGCUGUGGAGGGAAACGCCGCGCCGGGCCGCCGCGCUCUGACCGGACCUGUUCCCCCCCGAGUGGGAGCGACACUCAGUCCCACCUCUCCCCCCACGAUACUUUCUUCCCUUAAAGAUAUCCGACAACCAUUUAAUUAAUAAAUAAUAAUUAAAAAAAACAACAACAACACAACAUUAGCUUUCUGGACUGUGACGCACUGAGCUUUCUCCGCUGCCAGACUCGGUGCUGACGAUGACGGGAAUGUGCCAGACUAAAGCAGAAACCUCUCAUUUAAAUUCCAAGAGUAUAUAAAAAGUAAAGAGUGUCUAAAAUAAAAAUAAGAAAAAAAGUAUGAUUAAAAGUAUGAGUAACUGAGCAUUUGCCUGAUAAAUCAAAGAACGGUGAGUCCCCACCACCUCCUCUACCCACCUCCCUCUAAGCCAUACCAGGUACAUGAGAUCCUUCCAGUUUGGGGAGGAAUAACUCAACGUGACAGACUUGUUCACUCCCUUUCUUAUUGCCACGGCAACAACAGCUGCAGCCAAUCAGCUCUCGCACAAGCCGACGGCGGCCCGCGGAUCCCCAGCUCUCCGCCCCCCUCGGGACGCAUCUGCGAGUUAAUAUUUGCUGGACUGACGAUGGCGGAGAGAGAGAGACGGAGAAAAAAAAAAUAUAUAUAUAUAAAAAUACCUGUCCUUGCCAAGCAGCGAAGAAGACCGUCCUCAGAGAUGAAAACUGUUACACUUCAAGGCGAUGACAGACGGAGAGAGGUGGGAAAAAAAGAAAGAAACUAAACUAAACAAAAUAGACAUUCUUUGCUGUCAGUGCAUUGUCAGUGGAUAGAAGGAAAUCUGUCCGGAUUGCCUCUUUGUGACGCAAAAAAACUUUGCCCGCGUUAACCCAAAAUUCCCCCCCCCACAUCGUUCCCUCUUGGUCUUUCUGUCUCACCCCUUACUCCUGUUCAGCCCCCUCACCUUUGACCCCACGCUGCCACUGACCCGUGUAUUUGUGAACUUGAACUCUGCGAACCCUCGUCGGUCGAAAGAUUCUUCUGUCCAAUGUUAGUCAUGCACAUGUGUAAGACGCUCUCCCCUCUUCCUCCUCUUCCUCCCUCCGUUCUCUCAUUCCUCUCCUCUACUUCCAAAAAGAUAAUCUAAGUAAAGCUGUUUGACUCCGUUUCUGUCUUAAGGCCACCUCGCUCCCUGCAAUCGUGGACAGAGGGUAGUUUAUUUUUUUGUUUUGUUUGUUGUUGUUUUUUUUACCCCGGGCAGACAAGAAGUGCAUAAAGAACCAUCCAGUGUAUUUGCAAGUUCUUUUUCUUGGCAAAAUGAAGGAAAAAACAAAAAAUAAAUAAACGAGUCAUGUAGUCCUUUUUGUAUCUCUGCCAAACUGUGAUUGAAAAAAAAGACAACCUUUAAUGUAUCUAUUUAAGACAUCCAAAAUGCAGAAGCAAUGGUAUUCUUCUCUUUUGAUUUCCUCUUUCUUUUUGUUUUUAUUAAUGACUUUUUUUUUUGUUUCUUUUUAGUUGUGCAGUUGAUUUCCCUUUGUAUUGGCAACGUGCUGGCAUCAAAGAAUAUUAGUUUACAUAUAAAGUAUUAAUAAAGUGUAUUAAAAUCCCACCAAAGGACAUUAUAAAUGUUUUGUUCUUGCUUUAACACUUGAAGAUUUAAGUGAAUAAAAGUGAAAAACCAAA